AUGGAGUAUUAUCUAUUUCAAAAUGUUCCCUGCCUGGGGCCAAUGUACUUCUUCAUUUUCCUUUCCCCCCAUCUCGAUGACUACUUUAUAAUCGUAUUUCUUCAUGCCUUCAGCAAAUUGUCUCUUCAUUAUCUAUCUAUCUAUCUAUCUAUCUAUCUAUCUAUCUAUCUAUCUAUAUUAUUCUAUUCAUAUCUAUCCUAUUCUAUUCAUAUCUAUCUAUCUAUCUAUCUAUCUAUCUAUCUUAUUCUAUUCAUAUCUAUCCUUUCUAUUCAUAUCUAUCUAUCUAUCUAUCUAUCUAUCUAUCUAUCUUAUUCUAUUCAUAUCUAUCUUAUCCUAUUAAUAUCUAUCUAUCUAUCUAUCUAUCUAUCUAUCUAUCUAUCUAUCUAUCUAUCUAUCUAUCUUAUUCUAUUCAUAUCUAUCCUUUCUAUUCAUAUCUACCUAUCUAUCUAUCUAUUUUAUUCUAUUCAUAUCAAUCUUAUUCUAUUCAUAUCUAUCUAUCUUAUUCUAUUCAUAUCUAUCUAUCUAUCUAUCUAUCUAUCUAUCUAUCUAUCUUAUUCUAUUCAUAUCUAUCUUAUUCUAUUCAUAUCUAACUAUCUAUCUAUCUUAUUCUAUUCAUAUCUAUCUUAUUCUAUUCAUAUCUAA